AUGUCUGAACCGCGAAGCCAAUUUGAUGAUAUUAUUGAGCCCGUACCCUCGCAGAGCGGCGGUGUAUACCCGUUACGGAGCAGGGAAGUUGCAGGUGUCGGUAGCUUUCGUACCAACAGUGCGGCAAAACGCGCCAAACAGGAUGCUCUUGAAGCCGAGGCGGACAAUAUCGAAGACCGUGAUAUCAAGACAAAACAGGUAUUCCGUGGCACGAAGCUCCUGUGGCUUGCAUACCAAUCCACUGGUGUCAUAUACGGCGAUAUCGGCACGAGCCCUUUAUACGUAUAUUCUUCGACAUUCACUUCCGACCCCAGCUACGAUGACCUCCUGGGUGCUCUAUCCUUGAUCAUAUGGAGUCUCACGAUUAUGGUCAGCAUCAAAUACUGUCUCAUCAUCCUCCGUGCCGACGAUGAAGGUGAAGGUGGCACGUUUGCUCUAUUCACUCUCCUGUCGAGGUACGCGAAUAUUGUUCGUCGGGAUCCUCGUGAAGAGCAAAGAAUCAAGAUGGAACGUCACCGCACAGGGGAUCUUGGCAAACCGGCACAGAAGGCUCGAAAUCUUAUCGAGCGUUCCUGGGCUAUGCAGUGGUUGCUGAAGAUUGUCGGCGUGCUUGGUGUCGCGCUGGUCAUGUCUGACGGUGUCUUGACUCCUGCGCAAUCCGUUCUAGGUGCCAUUCAGGGCAUAGAGGUCGUCUCUCCAAGUAUCACGAAUCCCACUAUCAUCGGUGUCUCAUGCGCCAUCCUCGUCGCACUUUUUUCGAUACAGCCACUCGGGAUCACCAAACUUGCGAGUACUUUCGCCCCUAUUGUCAUUGUCUGGCUGCUUUUCAACGCUUCCUUUGGAAUCUUCAAUCUCGUCAAACAUGACGCAUCUGUGCUCAAGGCGUUUUCUCCCUACUUUGCCGGCGCCUUUCUUAUGCGAAACAGGACGGAGGGCUGGAAGAGUCUAGGAGGUAUUCUUUUAGCCUUCACGGGCUGUGAGGCACUCUUCGCGGACCUUGGUGCCUUUACUCGGCGGGCUGUGCAGCUAUCAUGGCUGUUCUUCGCAUUUCCCUGCUUACUAUUAGGAUACAUUGGACAGGCCGCAUAUAUAUCUGAACACCCAACCGCCUGGACAAAUCCAUUCUACAACACGGUCCCACCCGGUUGCUUCUGGCCGUCACUCGUUAUCGCGAUACUCGCUGCCAUUGUCGCCAGCCAAGCGAUGAUCACUGCGGUCUUCCAGCUCUUGUCUCAAAUCAUGAAAUUGUCUUACUUUCCGCAAAUCAAGGCUGUGCAUACCUCGAAGAUAUUCUACGGCCAAAUAUACAUACCAGCUGCAAACUGGCUACUGAUGAUUGGCAGCGUCAUAGUCACUGCGGUAUACAACAACACCACAAGCCUUGGACAUGCCUACGGUGUCUGUGUCAUCCUUGUGACAUUCAUGUCGACGUGCAUGGUCGCCGUUGUUGCAUUGAUCGUUUGGAAGGUGCCAGCGAUCAUCGUUGGGUGUAUGUGGCUAAUCUUUGCCCUCUUCGAUGGUGUGUUCCUGUCAUCGGCAUUGACCAAGGUUCCCGAAGGAGCAUGGUUCACGCUGGCACUUGCGGUGGUGCUCUCUUGCGUUUUCAUUCUGUGGCGGUUCGGAAAGGAGCAGCAAUGGCGUGCCGAAGCCACUGACCGCUUCCCACCUUCACACAUGCUUUGCGCCACAGACAGCACCGAUGUCCACAGCCGUAAGCUGAGACUCUUGCCUGCAUUUGGCGGAGGGGAGAUUACUCGCAUCGAUGGUGUCGGUAUCUUCUUCGACAAGGCGGGGUCCCCAUCCACCACUCCCACAGUCUUCAUUCACUUUCUUCAAAAAUUUCAUGCAGCGUCAGACGUCAUCAUCUUUUUUCAUCUGAGGCCGUUAGCGAUACCGACAGUGCCCCCUGCAGAACGUUAUGCGGUGACUCGGUGCUACAUUGGAAGUGAUGGCAACAGCAAGGCUCCGAUGCCAGAUUGCUACCGCGUCGUUAUUCGGCACGGCUACAACGAUGAGGUCAUCACUGAAAACCUGGGACUUCUACUCUACGAGCAAGUCCGGAAUUUCAUCAUCCUGGAAGGCGUUUACGUCGACUCAGACAGGUCGACCAUGUUGAACAGAGCAAAGGAAACUGUGUUACAGGAAAAGAGUGUUGACUCAGCACGGCCAUCCUUCGAGCAAUCCGAAGUUGCCGAGAAGCUGGCCGCCAUACAGCUUGCCUAUUCGACUCAAGUCGUGUAUAUCAUCGGAAAGGAGCAGAUGCGUAUCACGCCGGGGACCAAUGUCGUCAGAAGAGCACUGCUGGAGCUGUUUCUAUGGGUCAGGGAGAAUACUAGGACCAAGGUUCAGGCGCUGAACGUUGCGAUAGACAAGCUUGUGGAGGUUGGUUUCGUGAAGGAAGUGUGA